CAGGAUGUGUGUGGCCUGUAAUAUCUGACCUCUAACCCCUGACCUCCAGGAUGCGUGUGGCCUGUGAUAUCUGACCUCUAAUCCCUGACCUCCAGGAUGUGUGUGGCCUGUAAUAUCUGACCUCUAACCCCUGGCCUCCAGAAUGCGUGUAGCCUGUCUGUUAGUGCUGUUCCUAUUGACCCUGGUGCAGCUGGGAGGCUGUCUGCUGCUAGGAGCCUUCAACAUCAAGACAUUCGGAGACAAGAAGUCCUCCAACUCAACCCUCAUGGACAUCAUCACUCAGAUAGUGCACCGUUAUGAUAUCGUGUUGAUCCAGGAAGUGAGAGACACUGACCUAUCAGCAACCAACAAACUGAUGCAGCACGUCAACAAAGGCUUGUUCCCUAUAGGUACUGUCACAUUGUCAGUGAGGAACUGGGCCGCAAGAGAUACCUCUACCUGUACAGAUGAGGAGACUGUCUCUGUGGCUAAGAACUACACGUACGAUGACGGCUGUGAGCCCUGCGGUACAGUUACCUUCAUCAAGAGAACCUUCAUUGUCAUGUUCUCUCUCACCUACACAG